AUGGAAAAGAUGUUUUGGAAAAACUGUCAAACCAAAAAAGUUGGAAAUGCCAUCAACAAACAUCAUUGUGCCAUGGGUGUGAUGAGCAAAGGUUUAUGCAGAGUUGUGCAAGGCAUAUCACACAGACAAAUCAACUUGAUAGAGAAAGUCAAGUUGGUGCAGAACAUUCACAAAAUAUCAGUCUGCACAGAAGAAAUAAAGUACAUCAUCGCUGUGAAAUUCUUUAGUAACAUGGGCUAUUACGAAGAGAUUGUUGAUGAAGUCAUCAGGAAGUAUGGGCCUUCUACACAACCAUUAUUGUGCUCGGGGGAAAUUGAGAAAGAGAACCAAAGGUUCCAAGGACACAGAGCUUGUGCCCCUUGCUCAGUGUGUCCAGAUGCUGCUCAGAGCAGAAGUGCAGGUGUUUUGGGCAGCACAGAUGAGCUCACAGGAGAUUCCACUCCCAAGAACACACGGAGUCACACAGAGCAAAAUGUGGAAGAAAAGUUUUCCCAGUUACCAUUUACAGACUCUAGAUCGUAUACCUCAAACGGCAGAGUAAAUUGUUUCAGAAGAGGGCCAGCAGGACAGAAACGUGAAAUGUGGGGCACAAACGAGAAGGACAGUGGUAAUGUGGACCUUGAGAGCAAUGGCCUCUCACCGUCUCUUUCCUCUUCCAGUCCUGAAGAAGUCAGCUUCAUUUUGAGGGGAGCUACAGGCCACCAGAGGGGCCCAGCUUUUCCCAAAAAUGACUUUCUACAUCAAGCUCAUCCCUCGCUUCCCAAUAAUGCAAAGGCUGACUGUAAGAAACCUUCUGGCUUCUACAGUUCCCCUCAGCCUAAGCCACGUUUUUCCCAGAAUUCUCCAUUGCUGUCACUGCCCCAGCUCUUACCUUCAGAUACCAAUACUGAUCUGGUAUUGGCAGGAGCCUCCGAUCAUACUGAUUCUGUAGUUAUGGGGAUUCAGAGAUUCAGAGAUAUGCUGAAAAUACCCUAUAAACUGGAAUUAAAAAAUGAACCCGGCAGAGCAGAUUUGAAGCAUAUUGUUAUAGAUGGAUGUAAUGUCGCAUUUACCCACGGUCUGAACAAGUUCUUCAGUUGCCGUGGAAUAGCAAUUGCUGUUGAAUAUUUUUGGAAGCUUGACCACAGAAACAUCACUGUGUUUGUGCCUCAGUGGAGAACAAGGCACCAUCCUAAUGUCACAGAACAGCACUUCUUGAUCCAGCUGAAGGAGCUUGGAAUAUUAUCUCUAACUCCUUCCAGGACGGUCUUUGGAGAACGAAUUGCAGCUUCUCAUGUUGACAGCUUCCUACUUCACUUACUGCACAAAUCUGGGGGUGUCAUUGUAAGCAAUAAUAACUUCAGAGGGUUUGUGACUGAGUCAGUGUCCUGGAGAGAAAUUAUCGCCAAAAGAUUGCUUCAGUACACAUUCGGGGACACAUUUAUGGUUCCUGACAACCCUCUGGGAAGAAACGGACCUCGGCUAGAAGAAUUCCUUGGAAAGGAGGGCUCUGGAGUCCUGGAGCCUCUACUCAGUGCCCUGCCAAAUGUGGAUACAUUCGCCCGGAGCCAUAACACCCAAGUAGCCAUCACCAGCUACCAGCCUCCAUAUUGGAACCAGGGAACGUCUUCAGACCCUUGGCUUUCUCAGCAGCCCCACUUCACAUCUCUGGCCAGCAUUUUGGGUAUAGAGCAGAACCAUCUCAUGCCAGCACAGAGAUCUUCUGCAGAGACCAGUGAGCUGAGGGAGGCCCUGCUGAAGAUCUUCCCUGAUUCUGAGCAAAAACAGAAGAUCGAAGAGAUCCUGGCAGCCCAGCCAUUCCGGAAGGACCUGAACGUGUUUUCUGGCCUGGUGUUGGACCUAAGUCUGGGUUGA